AUGCCCAUGCCAGCCGACGGUGCAGUGUGGGGUGCCCUUCUUGGGGCGUGCAAGAUACAUAAGAAUGUGGAGAUAGGGGAGGAGGCUUUCGAGCAUGUCAUCAAGCUCGAACCGAGCAAUGUCGGCUACUACGUGCUCAUGGCAAACAUAUACACAGACACAGGACAACUGGAGGGUGUGGUGAGGGUACGGGCGAUGAUGAGGGAGCGCGGGCUCAAGAAGGAGCCUGGGUGCAGCUAUGUCGAACACAAGGGGAGGGUUCAUCUCUUCAUGGCUGACGACCACUCACAUCGGCAGGCAAAGAGGAUUUACGAGCUCGUGAUUAAGCUUGAACAAAUGGUGACGGAGAAAACAGAUGGCACUGUGGAAAAUGGGCAAGGCAGAGUGGACGAGGGGUACUCUGGGAAGAUGGCUGCGCCGUUGAUCGGCUUUCACAGUGAGAAGCUCGCUGUGGCCUUCUGUAUGCUGAACACUGAUGACAGUGAGAUUGUGGUGAUCAAGAACCUAAGGAUAUGCGGGGACUGCCACUCUUUCCUGAAGGCGGUCUCUGCAAUUGCCAACCGAGCAUUUCUCGUCAGGGACGCGAGCCGCUUCCAUCGCUUCGAAGGUGGAGCAUGCUCCUGCAAAGACUACUGGUGA